AACGCUGACAGCAGCGGGCUGGUGCUGUGUCUGUAUCAGAUUAUCGAGAGUGUGUUUGGGUGUGUGUAAAGUGUCAGCUCGGCUCAGAUACUCGGAGCUGCCGGCCGGUAUAUCUCAGAAAAACAACUGGCGGAGACGUGAGAUAGUCCUCCCCACGUUUGCGGUGUUUUAUUUCGGGUUGUUCGUCUCUCUUUCGCCGUUAAACUGCCGGUGAGGUUAGCAGUUUCCGUGUUAGCUUGCGUGUAGCUAGCGGCGUUGCCAUGGUGACCCUCCGCGGUAGAGGCAGAGGGGACGCCGACCUGAGCAGCGGGCGGCCCGGGUGCUCCGGGACACAGCCGCGGAGCACACCGGAGACCCGGAAGAGGAGCGCGGUCUCCCGGCAGGAGGACUCCGGGCUGUCCAAUGGAUAUACCAGCGAGGAUGAUAAACCGAAUCACGUCGAUUCAGAAACAUGCGAGGAGGAAAAAGAAGAACGGAAACCAGAGAGAGGAAUCAUCAGGAAAAUCAGGAAAUCUCAGAGGCAUCUCGAGGGCACAGACAGGCAGGACGGGCUGAGGAGAAGCACCCGCACAACCAAACCGACAGACAGAUAUGAAGCCUCCAACAUGUUCGACGGCAUCAGCACCAACGUGGCUCGGCCCAUCCUGAACACGAUGGACUCCAUGAAGAAGAGGCUGCUCAGUAACAACGAUGAAGGAAUUUACUCUGAAGCCCAGAGGAGCAGAACUCCAGUGCUGCCACAGGGAGAUGUCAGUGACAGCGAGCAUGACGAGGUCGACGAGGACGACACAAACCCACAGCUGGCCGUAGACGAGGACAGCAGCUGCAGCGUGAGCCAGAACUUUGACGCCAAACUGAGCCAGGCCUCGUCGCUCUACCAGGGACCCAGCAACGAGUUCCCAAGAGGAACAUUCAGGAUCAGCGCCUCAGGACCGAACACGACCCGCAGAGCAGCCUUCAGACCCACAAAGAGCGCCCGCUCCAAUCAAUCUGACAACGACUCUGACGAUGACGCGCAAAACACGGGAAAAGUCCCCGGAAGCUGUCGCCCUCUCGGCCUGCGUACUGACGAUCUCUUCGGGACUCGCAGGGACAAGAUGAGAUCAGGAGUCGGUCACGCUGACAUCGAUCCCAUGGCCAUCGACCAAUCAGUGGGCUUUAAUAGCAUCGGGGGUCUGUCGUGUCACAUCUCGGCUCUGAAGGAGAUGGUCGUCUUUCCUCUUCUCUAUCCAGAGGUCUUUGACAACUUCAAGAUCCAGCCUCCCAGAGGUUGUCUCUUCUACGGACCUCCGGGGACUGGGAAAACGCUGGUCGCCCGUGCGCUGGCCAACGAGUGUAGCCAUGGCAACAGGAAGGUGUCCUUCUUCAUGAGGAAGGGAGCCGACUGCCUCAGCAAGUGGGUGGGCGAGUCAGAGCGGCAGCUGCGGCUGCUUUUUGAGCAGGCGUAUCAGAUGCGUCCCUCCAUCAUCUUCUUUGAUGAGAUCGACGGUCUAGCUCCGGUCCGGUCCAGCAGACAGGAUCAGAUCCACAGCUCCAUCGUGUCCACGCUGCUCGCCCUGAUGGACGGCCUGGACAGCCGAGGGGAGGUCGUGGUGAUCGGAGCCACGAACCGGCUGGACUCCAUCGACCCGGCACUGCGACGCCCCGGACGCUUCGACAGAGAGUUCCUGUUCGGGCUGCCGGACAGAGAGUCUCGUAAAGAGAUUCUGAAGAUCCACACGAUGCAGUGGAAACCUCCUCCGUCUGAAGACUUCCUCGAUGUACUGGCAGAGAAAUGUGUCGGUUACUGCGGUGCUGACAUCAGAGCGGUGUGCACAGAGGCGGCUCUCUGCGCCCUGAGACGCCGCUACCCUCAGAUCUACGGCACCUCCCAGAAGCUCCUCCUGGACGUCUCCUCCAUCGCCGUCAGCAGCUGCGACUUUUUAUCUGCCAUGAGGAAGAUGACACCGUCCUCCCACCGCCUCGCCGCUUCGCCUGCAAAACCUCUGUCAGCUGUGGUUCAGCCGCUGCUGGGCGCCGCCCUGCAGGACAUCCUGGAGGCUCUGCAGAGGCUGUUUCCUCACGCCCAGAAGGGGAUGAAGAGGAAGAGGGAUCCAGAUCUGACAUCUGGUGUCCUCGACGACGGCCUGAUGUGUGGGAGUGACGCAAGCUCAGGCACGUCCAGCAUCUCCACCCCCUCUUCCUCCAAGAGCUCAAAGUUCCUGCACUUUGCAAGGAGUGCAGUAAGACACCCGACGUCACACCGUCCCAGGAUGCUCCUGGCGGGUCGUCCCGGUGCCGGUCAGACCUCCCACCUGGCUCCUGCGGUCCUGCACGCUCUGGAGCGUUUCACCGUCCACAGUCUGGACUCUGCCUUGCUGUUUGGAGUGAGCAGCAGCUCCCCGGAGGAGGCCUGUGCUCAGGUGUUCAUCGAGGCCAAGCGGACAUCUCCCAGCGUCCUCUACCUGCCCCACAUCCAGCAGUGGUGGGAGAUUGCGGGGCCGGCACUGAGGGCCUCCUUCCUCAGUCUACUGGGCAGCAUCCCUUCCUUCUCCCCCAUCCUCCUCCUCGCCACCUGCAGCCUCCCCCAUCAGCAGCUGGACCCAGAGAUCCAGUCUCUGUUUCGGGAGGAGUACGGGGAGCUUUACACCGUCAGCACUCCCACCCAUCAGGAGAGGAACGUUUUCUUUCAGGACCUCAUCCUGAACCAGGCAGGCGAGGCUCCGCCCUCAAAGACAAACUCACUGACUCAGGUGAUGGAGAUCCUCCCCCUUGCUCCCCUGCCUCCCCCCCGUCUGCUACCUGAUGAGGAGCGCCGUCGUCUGGAGGAGCAGGAGGAGGACGUGCUGCGGGAGCUCCGCCUCUUCCUGCGUAACGUCACCGAGCGUCUGUCUCUGGAUCGUCGCUUCAAGGCCUUCACCAAACCGGUCGACAUAGAGGAGGUGCCGGAUUACCUGACGGUGAUCAGGAGGCCCAUGGACCUCUCCACCCUGCUGACCAACAUCGACGAGCAGAGGUACGUCACUGUGGGAGAGUUCAUGAGCGAUGCAGACCUCAUCUGGCAGAACGCCAUCGAGUACAACCCAGACAGCGACCCCAUGGACCGCCACAUCCGUCACCGGGCGUGCGCCCUGAAGGACACAGUGCACGCCAUGAUCAGAGACGAGCUGGAUGAAGACUUUGAGCGAGUCUGUGAGGACGUCAGAGAGUCCCGAAUCAGGAGAGCUUCUUGCGGCACUGAGGCACUCUCAGACAAAACUGGCGGCGUCUACAGCUCCACCAGAAGCCCCGGAGCUCGUAAGAAAAAGCGUUACAAACCGAGGAAAUCCAAGUGGAGCACCGGCAUCAUACCAAAACCCAAGAAAAAGAAGCACCCCGUCCCUGCCUCCCCUCUGUCCUCCUCCUCUCCCUCCUCGUUGUCCAGCUGGGGUAACUCUGAAUCUGACCUGUCAAAGAGCAGCUCUGGGGAGCGGGGCCAACCAUCACCCGCCACAAACGGCCGUUACGUCCACUCAAACGGCAUUGCAGAUAUGCGGAAUGGAGUCCUGAACGGGUACCACCGUCCAAAUCCAAACAGCAUCCUGAGGGUUCAAACCCGCACCUCAAAGACCCCCCUGAAGAGGAGGAGGAUGGUGAACGGGGUUUGUUUGAGAACAACAGAGAAGCGUCCCGGGUCCGAGAGCAGAGCCAACAAAGCAGCUCUGGAGCAGAUGCAGAUGUUCAGCAGAGGCAGAUCUGAGGAAAACCUGGACGAGGAAACACAGUGGCUGGUCGUCGAUCACGGCAAGCUGAGGGAUCUCCUCAGCAGAGUCGUGGUUAAAACCGACGGCGCCGAGGUGGAGCCGCUGGAGAAGCUUUACGCUCUGCUGGCUCAGAGCAUCUACAGACACAGAGACAACUACAACAAGACGCAGCUGGUUCAGGACAUGAAGAAAGAAAUCGACAGCUUCUGUUGACCAUCUGCGAGUUGAUCUUAAUAAAAACUCAGUGCAUUCAAACAGAA